AGCACACAGCCCUGAGCGCUGUGUAUAGCUGUGCACACCCGUGGACAGCUCGUGAGCGCUGCAGGCUGGCUGCCGGGGCCCCUGCCCCUGCCUGCUGGCGUUGCGGCUACCCCAAGUUAGGAGGUGCUGCAAAUGGGGGCUGGACAGCUAUUCCAGGCUCAUCUAGAGUCAGACCUUGGUCAGGAAGCACUUCUGGGAGGAGUUAGAUGUGUGUGGCAGAAUGCAGGCGGUGGAGACUAGCUCACGUGACCGUAUAGUGCACACUGACACGCUCACAGCCACACGCGCUCACCCAACACGCGCUCACGGGCCCGUGUACGCACACCAACACGCGCUCACGGGCCCGUGUACGCACACCAACAUGUGCUCACGGGCCUGUGUACUUGCACCGACACCUGCUCAUGGGCCCAUGUACGCACACCAACACACUCAUGGGCCCGUGUACGCACACUAACACGAGCUCAUGGGCCUGUGUACUCACCAACAUGAGCUCACUGGCCCAUGUACUCACACCAACACAUGCUCACGGGCCCGUGUACUCAGACCAGCACGUGCUCACGGGCCCAUGUACUCACCGACACACUCACGGGCCCGUGUACUCAGACCAGCAGGUGCUCACAGGCCUGUGCACUCACCGACACACUCACGGGCCCGUGUACUCAGACCAGCAGGUGCUCACAGGCCUGUGCACUCAUCGACACACUCACGGGCCUGUGCACUCACACCAACACAUGCUCACGGGCCCGUGUACUCAGACCAGCACGUGCUCACGCGCCCGUGUACUCACACUGAUGCUCUGGUGGCCACGCACGUAGACUCACUGCAAGAGCGCUUGGGAGCUGCGGACCGUCCUGGCUCCCGUUGAAGGUGGGCCUGUGACCUGGGGCAGCGCCUUUUCUGAGCCGCUGGUAGCGGCUUUCACCGCCAGACCCCAACCACAGAGAGGGCCUGCUAGCUGGAGCGCGGACUGCUGGCCUCUCCUGGGCGCCUCCAUCAGCUUCCUGCAGGGCCUCUGGCCCCAGGUCCACGCUGGGCACUGGGAGCCCCUUGGGAGGACGCCUGGAUACGUCUGAGCCCAGGGAGUGGCUGCCCUGCAGAGGGCCCCCCUGUUGCUGUUGCCAGGUGUCACUUGGCUGCUCUAUAAACCGGGCCACAGUGGUCCUGCCUCCUCAAGGGAGUGAGCUCAGACCGAGGCUCCUACACUCUUCCCCUCCCCAGACCGGGGCCCCUGAGAGCCACCUGGGCGAGGCCAGGGCUCGGGAGCUGAGGCCCACCUGGGUGUGGGCUGCAGCUCUGGGGAGAUGUAGCCCCGGGCUUCCUGCGUCUCCGCUGUGGGCCCUUGGCACGCUUGUGGGUGCGGCAUGUGCCCGUGGGGACCUCAUGGCCUGUCCUUCCUCCUGUCAGGUUUGGCCAACCACGGACAGACCAGGCACAUGGGACCAAGCCGGAACCUCCUGCUCAACGGGAAGGCGUACCCCACCAAGGUGCGCCUCAUCCGGGGGGGCUCGCUGCCCCCCGUCAAGCGGCGGCGGAUGAACUGGAUCGACGCCCCCGACGAUGUGUUCUACAUGGCCACCGAGGAGACCAGGAAGAUCCGCAAGCUGCUCUCGUCCUCCGAGACCAAGCGCGCGGCCCGCAGGCCCUACAAGCCCAUCGCCCUGCGCCCGAGCCAGGCCCUGCCGCUGCGGCCGCCCGCGCCCGGCGCGUGGCUCGCCAUC